AUGAAAUUCGCCACCCUCCUCACCAGCGCAAUGCUGGUAGGCUCAGCCCUAGCCGCCAUCCCCUCUGACGUCGCCGUCAAAGUCCAAAACCCAGUCACCACCGCCAACUCCCUUGGCACCUCGGACAUCAAACCCAAAGUGAUCGUCGACCAGACCAUGGACAUUCCAGGCAUGAGACGUUAUCGUCGUAAGCUCAACAACCAGGCCGAGUCCACGCACGAAAAAAGAGCUCUCCCGCCCCUCCGAUGGCCUUACAACGAUAACAGUCGCAAAGUCCGCGGUGUUUCGCUCGGCGGUUGGCUUGUAGUGGAGAACUUUAUCACUCCCAGUAUUUACGGUCAGACUGGAAACGAUGCUAUCAUUGACGAAUGGACAUUCGGAUCUCUUCAGCCUAGGGACCAGGCGAGGAGGAUUCUGCAGAAGCAUUUAAACACUUUCGUUACUGAGGACGAUAUUAGACAGAUCGCAGCUGCCGGGUUGAACCAUGUUCGUAUCCCGAUUGGUUAUUGGGCGUUCGAGGUAAGGUCUGAUGAACCAUUCUUCAAGUUGAACCAGUGGGAUCUUUUGAAGCAGGCUGCUCUUUGGUGUGGGAAAUACAACCUUAAGGUUCUUGUUGAUCUUCACGCCGCACCGGGCAGCCAGAACGGGUAUGACCACGGUGGACGUCGUGGUGUUAGCGAGUGGGCCGGUAACGCAACCGACGUUCAACGCACGAUCAAUAUCCUUCAGACUAUGUCGAGCGAGUUCAGCCUUGCUAAGUACCAAAACUCGGUUGCUGCUUUCGAAUUGCUCAACGAACCCGUCACAGACCGAAACGUAGUGAUGGACUUCAACCGGCGAGCAUACGAAGUUGUACGAUACCCUAACGGUCGUAACGCGGCCGAAUCUCCUCUUCUCAUUGUAGUCAGUGACGAAUUCACCAGCCCAGCUUACAGCGAUUACUGGAACGACAAACUCCUCCCUCCCAAAUACCAAGGUGUUUCUAUCGACUCGCACAUUUACACUAUCUUCAACGACAAAUCUCUUCGUCUCUCCUCAAAGGACCGCAUCAACUACUACUGCUCGCUCAAACCCAAAUGGGCUGCUGCCAACAAAAUCCACUACCAAAUGGUCGGUGAAUGGACCCCGGCCUUCACGGAUUGCGCUCAAGGCAUUAACGGUCGAGGCAGAGGUAGCAGAUACGAUGGAAGCUUCAAGCAUAGCCAGGGUAGGAUUAACAGCUGUUACGCUAAGAGUGGUGAUGCUAGGACGUUCACCGCCAACUACAAAAGGUUGUUGGGUAGCAUGUGGGAGGCGCAGGUGGACGCGAACGAGGGUGGUAUUGGUUGGAUCAUGUGGACUUGGAAGACGGAAGCAAAGGCGGCGGAGGAAUGGAGUUAUCAGAAGGGUUUGCAGUAUGGUUGGAUUCCCAGGGAUCCUACUAAGAGGCCUAAUGGGAUUAGGUGCUAA